AUGGACCCUUCUAUCACUCGUGAGCUGUCAAAGCUCGACUCCGCGGUCCCAUUCCGCGCGUCAACCGAUCACGUCCACCACACCUGGGCGAAGACAUUCUUCUCUCACCCAGAGCUCUACAUCCGCCCACAGACAAUCCCAGAGAUCCAGCAGGUAGUCACGCUCGCCCGCCGUUGUCGUCGCCGCCUGGUCACCGUCGGCAGUGGCCAUUCUCCCUCGGAUUUGACCUGCACCUCGUCCUGGCUCGUCAACCUCGAUGAUUUCAAUCGCAUUCUCCACGUCGACCCCACAUCCCGGAUGGUCACCGUUGAGGCCGGUAUCCGACUGCACGACCUCGGCUCUCGGCUGGAAGAACAAGGGUUGACGUUGGAAAAUCUGGGAAGCAUUGAUAGUCAGUCAAUUGCGGGAGUCAUUGCGACAGGCACACAUGGAAGUUCUCUGCGACAUGGGCUUCUCUCGGAGUGCAUUGAAUCGUUGAGUCUGGUUCUUGCCAAUGGCCAGUUAGUGCGCUGCAGUGCCACCAGCAACGAGUCUCUCUUCCGCGCUGCCCUAGUUUCCCUCGGCGCCCUCGGCAUCGUCGUGGAGGUGACUUUCAAGGCUCGGCCUGCGUUCAACAUCGCAUGGCGCCAGGAGCGAUAUUCGCUGUCGCGAGUGCUCAGCGAUUGGACUACGGGACUGUGGACCUCGCAUGAGUUCGUUCGCAUCUGGUGGAUGCCCUAUGAGAAGGGCGCGAUUGUCUGGCGAGCCGACCAGACUGAUCUGCCGCUGCGCGAAGCCCCCAAGGGCUUUUACGGCGAGCGGUUCGGUUACCACGUGUACCACAACCUGCUGGCUCUGUCGUCAUAUUUUCCUCGGAUCUUACCGUGGGUGGAGUGGUUCAUUUUCGGUAUGCAGUACGGCUUCCGUCCGGGAACCACCGUCACAGAAGCGGUUGCUCCGGCGCGAGCCGGCUUGCUGAUGAACUGCCUGUACUCACAAUUUGUCAACGAAUGGGCGCUCCCCUUGGAGAAGGGACCUGAGGCCAUUAUCCGUCUCUCUGCCUGGUUUCAUGGCGACAGCAAGACGGCGAGCAUCCCGUUCUCCAGUAAGGGUCUCUAUGUGCAUUGCCCGAUCGAGGUGCGCGUGUCGGACUCUUCCAACAACCCUCGCCCUCGCCCCUUCCUGGACCCGACUUGUCGCGACGGCCCAACACUCUACUUGAACGCAACGCUCUACCGGCCUUAUCUUCGGGAUCCACCGUGCCGACGACGCUACUACGAGGCUUUUGAAUGGCUCAUGCGGGACAUGGGUGCCAAACCUCACUGGGCUAAAAACUUCACGGUCCUCGGGUCCACGGAGCUGCACCGUUCGUACGGCGAGGAUAUGGACGAAUGGCUUAAAGUUCGACAAGAAGUCGACCCCGAAGGAAUGUUCCUGGGCGACUGGCACCGUCGUCACCUGCCCCUCCUGACUUCAGGGGAUGCUGCCCGAAGCGACUUGCCUCUCCUCGAGCUCGAGGGUGAGAGUCGCCCGGCGGGCACCCGUGAUGCGGGGGACGGGAUUGAAUGGGUUGGGGAUCGCCGGUGGCAGGGCUCCAGUGAGACGUUAGAGCCGGAGCAUAACGUAUACGACUUGCCGCCUGACCAUCUGGCGCCUAGUUCGCCGACGAGCGAGGAGAGUUUUGAUUUGCUUGCGAGAGGGGAAGCUAGUAUUCUACUUCCCAAUGUGAAACUCGGAGAAUGA